CACAAUAAAAUAAAACGGAAAAUUGCAGCGGAAAUUACACACUCAGAAAAAUACCGCAAAAUCCUGGCAUUGGGUCGGACUUUGAACGGGAGACGGUCUUUGUUUUGGGUCUAGCUCUCUAGAUUCCCUCUCUCUCUUCUGUCUCUCUCUUAACCCCCUUCGUCUUCGUUGCGAUCUCUGCAACUUUCAAGGCUCUUUCAUGAUCCCAAUUGUGGAAGAUCGUAAACGCUAGAUUUGCCAGGUUAGUCUUUCUUGCAAAUCGAGAAAUCUCCGCUCGCGACUUAAAUUUUUAUCCGGGCGUAUUUAAUUCUUUCUUGGAGGGGUAUAUAUAGUUCAGAAAAGGCACAGUUUGGGUGCUUUUUUUUUCUUUCUGGAGUUGGUUAUGUGGUACUAGAACUUGGUUGGAUUGAGACCUAGAAAAAAUGACCGGGGGCAGGAUAAGGGGUAAGAUCCGCAGGAGCAAUCUGUACACAUUUGCUUGCCUUCACGCAGAUGCUACUGAAACUGAAGAGCCACAUCAAUUUUCUGGCCCCGGAUACUCACGAAUCGUAUACUGCAAUGAACCAAGACGCCAUGAAAAGAAACCCUUUAAAUAUCGUUCUAAUUACAUAUCAACCACAAAAUACAACAUCAUCACUUUCAUACCCAAGGCCUUAUUUGAGCAGUUCCGUCGUGUUGCCAACUUGUAUUUCCUAUUGGCCGCGCUUCUAUCGCUCACGGACGUUGCUCCAUUCUCAGCCGUGAGUAUGAUUGCUCCUCUUGCGUUUGUGGUUGGGCUUAGUAUGGCUAAGGAAGCCUUGGAAGAUUGGCGAAGGUUUAUACAGGACAUGAAGGUAAACAUGCGAAAAGCCAGAGUCCAUAAAGGGGACGGUGUUUUUGGUCCUAAGCCAUGGAUGAAGCUUAGAGUUGGAGAUGUAGUGAAAGUUGAAAAGGAUCAAUUUUUCCCUGCUGAUUUACUCAUUUUGUCAUCUAGCUAUGAGGAUGGGAUUUGUUAUGUGGAGACUAUGAAUUUAGAUGGAGAGACGAACUUAAAAGUGAAGAGAGCUUUGGAAGUAACAUUGCCUUUGGACGAUGACACGACUUUCAAGGAUUUUACAGGAAAGAUUAGAUGUGAAGACCCAAAUCCAAGCCUUUACACUUUUGUGGGUAAUCUUGACUGUGACCGACAGGUUUAUCCUCUUGAACCUAGUCAAAUUCUCCUCAGAGACUCAAAGCUUAGGAACACAGCUUAUGUGUACGGAGUCGUGAUAUUCACCGGUCACGAUAGCAAAGUAAUGCAGAACGCGACGGAAUCUCCUUCAAAAAGGAGUAGGAUUGAAAAACAGAUGGAUAAGAUCAUCUACAUCCUUUUCAGCAUCCUUGUAUUGAUCUCAGUAAUAAGCUCAAUUGGGUUUGCCGUGAAGACAGCUUUCCAGAUGCCGAAAUGGUGGUAUUUGAAGCCGUUUGUCUAUUCGAAAUUAUAUAAUCCAAAUAAUCCAGCAUUGUCGGGUUUAUUCCAUUUGAUCACAGCCCUUAUCCUAUACGGGUAUUUGAUACCCAUUUCGCUUUAUCUUUCAAUUGAGGUGGUAAAGGUUUUGCAGGCAAUGUUUAUUAAUAGGGACGUCCAUAUGUAUGAUGAUGAGACUGGAACUCCAGCUCAAGCACGUACAUCAAAUUUAAAUGAGGAAUUGGGUCAAGUUGACACAAUCCUCUCUGAUAAAACUGGCACUUUGACUUGCAACCAAAUGGACUUUCUCAAGUGUUCGAUUGCUGGUGUGGCUUAUGGUAUGAAUUCUAGUGAAGUCGAACUAGCUGCAGCACAUCAAAUGGCCAUUGAUCUCGAAGGGUCCCCUCGGACCAGCUCAAAUGGUGCGUAUGUUUCAGAAAUUGAGCUCGAGACUGUUGUGACUUCUAAAGGUGAAAAAGUUCGGAAACCUAAGAUAAAGGGGUUUGGAUUUGAGGAUGGCCGCCUCAUGAAUGGAAAUUGGUUGAGAGAGCCUGAUUCGGAUGCCAUUUUGUUAUUCUUCCGGAUACUUGCUAUUUGUCACACUGCAAUUCCAGAAGCAAAUGUGGAGAAUGGUGGCUUUACCUAUGAAGCUGAGUCUCCUGAUGAAGGAGCUUUUCUUGUUGCUGCAAGAGAAUUUGGGUUUGAGUUCUGUAAAAGAACUCAAUCGAGCAUAUUUGUUCGUGAAAGAUAUUCUCGUUCUGAAGAGCCGAUUGAAAGGGAGUACAAAAUUCUCAAUCUGUUGGACUUCACUAGCAAAAGGAAGAGAAUGUCUGUUAUAGUCCGAGAUGAGGAUGGCCAAAUUUUUCUCUUUUGCAAAGGUGCAGACAGCAUCAUCUUUGAAAGGUUAUCAAGGAAUGGAAGAAUGUACGAGGAGGUUACCACAAAGCACCUGAAUGAAUACGGAGAAGUUGGGUUACGUACAUUGGCUCUUUCUUACAGAAAACUUGAAGAGGCUGAGUUCUCUGCUUGGAACAAGGAGUUUCUUAAAGCAAAGACUUCCAUUAAUGGUGAUAGGGAGGCAAUGCUUGAAAGGGUAUCUGAUAUGAUGGAAAGAGAUUUAGUCCUCAUUGGCGCAACUGCUGUGGAAGACAAAUUGCAGCCAGGGGUUCCUCAGUGUAUAGAUAAACUGGCACAGGCUGGUCUCAAGAUCUGGGUUCUGACAGGAGAUAAGAUGGAAACGGCAAUAAACAUUGGAUAUUCCUGUAGUCUGCUCCGACAGGGCAUGAAGAAGAUAUGCAUAACAACAAUGAAUACCGAUUUGUUAGCACAAGAUACCAAAGAGGCUGUGAAGGAGAACAUUUUGAUGCAAAUUACCAAUGCCUCGCAAAUGAUCAAGCUAGAAAAUGAUCCUCAUGCUGCAUUUGCAUUGAUUAUUGAUGGCAAAACUCUUACUUAUACCUUAGAGGAGGAUAUGAAGAAUCAGUUCUUGAAUUUAGCAGUUGAUUGUGCGUCUGUCAUAUGCUGUCGUGUAUCUCCUAAGCAAAAAGCCCUGGUAACAAGACUAGUAAAAGAGGGAACUGGGAAGACCACAUUAGCAAUAGGUGAUGGUGCAAAUGAUGUUGGGAUGAUUCAAGAAGCUGAUAUAGGUGUUGGCAUUAGUGGGGUCGAAGGAAUGCAGGCUGUGAUGGCUAGUGACUUUUCCAUUGCUCAGUUUCGCUUUCUGGAAAGACUUUUGGUAGUACAUGGACACUGGUGCUACAAGAGAAUUGCCCAGGCGAUCUGUUAUUUCUUCUACAAGAAUAUAGCUUUUGGCCUUACAAUCUUCUACUUCGAGGCAUUCACCGGCUUUUCUGGGCAAUCGGUUUACGAUGAUUGGUACUUGAUGCUAUUCAAUGUGAUGCUUACUUCACUACCGGUCAUUUCACUUGGAGUGUUUGAGCAAGAUGUUUCUUCGGAGAUCUGCUUACAGUUCCCAGCACUUUAUCAGCAGGGACCAAGAAACUUGUUCUUUGACUGGACUAGGAUAUUUGGGUGGAUGGGGAACGGCCUCUACUGUUCCCUUGUUAUUUUCUUCCUCUCCAUUAUCAUUUUCUACGACCAAGCCUUCCGGUCCGGUGGCCAAACCGCUGACAUGUCAGCAAUUGGUACAACAAUGUUUACGUGCACAAUUUGGGCCGUCAACUGCCAAAUCGCCCUCAUAAUGUCUCACUUCACAUGGAUCCAACACCUCUGUGUAUGGGGUAGCAUUGCCACGUGGUACAUCUUUCUUUUACUCUACGGAAUGAUGUCACCCACUUAUUCCGGUGAUUCCUACCAAAUCCUCGUAGAAGCCCUUGCUCCGGCUCCUAUUUACUGGUCUACCACUCUCUUAGUAACCUUGGCUUGUAUUCUUCCCUAUUUGGCUCAUAUAUCGUUCCAACGGUGCUUUAAUCCAAUGGACCAUCACAUUAUUCAAGAAAUUAAGUAUUACAAGAAGGAUGUUGAGGAUCGAAUUAUGUGGACUCGAGAGCGGUCUAAAGCACGACAAGAGACCAAGAUAGGUUUUACCGCUAGGGUAGACGCGAAGAUCAGACAAUUGAGAGGGAAGAUCACAAAGAAGUAUUCGACACAAUUUCUAAUGUCUCCUUAGCAACGGUGUCGCGAUCCUUGUCCCUCCGAUUCUUUUUGUAUAAUUCUUUUGGUUUUUGGGCAUUUUUAGUUUUGUUUUCAUGGGCUUUUUUCCCAAUUCAUUUUCUUGUUUAUUUAGUUUGUUAUAUAGUGUAGAGGGAUUUGUUGAAGUCCCAAUUCAUUAUACUAGAUUUUCUGAAGCUGCUGUAUGUACAUUACUUAUCUGAUCUCAUUGCAGUUUUGUGAAAA